UUCAGCUCACAGCUGGUUAGGUUCACACAGUCUCUCAUACGUUAUCUCAGUGCAGCCACGUUAAGGACUACACGAAAUCCGCCUCAAUGACUUCAGAGAGGUGUAUAGAAGGGGACUUCUUUCAUCGUUCUCUGUACAAAUGUCAGCGAUGUGAGACUAAAUAUGAAAUCAUAAAAGGAUACGAAUUUACUGAAAACUGCGGGUGGUCCGACGAGCAACAGCAGAUCGAGUCACCUUACAGACCAUGCAGAGAUGGGACAUUUAACGAUGGAUCUCAAGUCAUAUGCCAAAACUGUCGCUCUUGCCCACCGCCACAGUUUACUGCGUGCAAGUGCAAAAACACGUCGGAUACCAUCUGCUGUAAACAAGGAGAGCAGUUUUUUAAUGGAAAAUGUAUCCCUCAACCGUCACAGACCACAAGGAUAACAACUGCGAGUACGACUGUCCACAGCUCUGUUGCUAGCUCAAGCCCCUCUCCGAGCCCUCAAAACUUUCCAGACCCCUCUCCUAGCACUCAAAACUUUCCAGGCCCCUCUCCAAGACCUCACAACUCCAUUCCAAGCCCUCACAGCUUUAUGCCAAACCCCUCUCCAAGUUCAUAUGAAGGGUCUCAUUCACAUUUCAUAGGGAUCUAUGUAUGUUUUGGGAUUUUAUCAACUCUCGCUCUGGCAUGUCUCUUCCUGUUCAUCAGAAGGAGGACUAAACCUUUCAACGAAGAAUUAAAAAAAUGCUGUAAUGGAGCAAGUCAUGAAAGCCUGUCCAAAAAGGGCAUUGCCAGAUAUGAACAGUCCGUCUCAUACAACAUAAUCAACGAUGGUAAUAACGAUCACGUGACUGGAUUGUCGCACCUGUUAGCACCUGAGGUCCAUGAUGCACCUCUGAAAACGGUGCUGGACAACUUGGAUGUUCUUGAGGAGCUUGUGUUGGUAUUAGACCCGUACAUUUCUGGCGCCAAGAACACUCGUCACCUUGCUGCCCAGUGCUCCUUUUCCUUUGCCUGGAUAAAUUAUGCUUAUUCCAUGAAGGACCACAAAAGCCCGCUUGUUGCCGUUUUGGAGGGUGUCGUCACCAAGAACCCAGACUGGACUGUCGGCCACCUCGCUGAGCUGCUAACCGCUAUCGGUCGUAACGAUGCAGUGGAGAUUUUGGCGAAGCUUCCUGCAGGUGUAUAAGAAUAAUUCAUGCAAUAUUUUAAGAACACAAACCAGUAAUUUACUUGUUAUACUGUAUUGUUGAACACAAUCUCAUAAGAAUUCGUGAAUUUGUAUGAUCUGCUUAUGCCUCACUGAGGGUUAAUGCUUAGUAUUUGUUCUAAAAUUCGUUCAUCGUAGUGGACAAUUAAUACAAAAUCGGCAACUUGGAAAUGGUUUUCUCAUGAGAUUGUGUAUUUUUCCCUAUAUGUAAGUUCAGUAUUCAGUUGACAGUUGAAGCAUGCAAUGCUUGAAUAAUGUACUCAGACUGACCGUCUAGGAUGCAAACAAAACACUUCAUACAGUUAACAGUGGAUAACAGAUGUUCGUCUUGAGUCCAUAUGGAAGCAUUUGGAAUCAAAGACAAGACACAUUUUGGGGUUUUCCCUAACUGUUCCACCAUCUCCAUUUCAUCCUAGUAUGUUACACAUUUAGUUUUAUAUAGCUUAUAUGAAACGUAACACUGCAUAACACUAUUUAUGGUAACACUUUAUUUCGAUAGUCCACUUUAGACAUUCUAUUAACAGUAAGUAACU